UUUGUUUUUAUUCGCUGCUGAUGCGAAGAAUGAAAAGAGAAAUCGAAGACCUGUCAAAACAAAGUCAUAGUCGGAAAACGAUGAGUGAGUAUAGAUAAAUCCGAAAUCAAAAUACUCACAAAUUUUCCAAUACAAUUGGAAAAAAAAGCGCAGAAUUUUUUGCUAUUAUUCAGCACUAAGUAAACAGAUUAAAAUUAAACGAUUAAAAAUUGGUUGAUUUUAUCGAUUUUUUCUUUUGCAAUCGAUUGUUCUACAAUUGAAGAGAAAAGAAUUGAGUCGACUUAAGUGUCAACAUCAUGUCAAAGAUGCACAGGCACUAUCAUUGGUCGCCGCGAACAACACGAAAUGUGGUUUUACUACAAAAUGAUCGUCCAUACUUCAAUAUUGAGACAUUGAUUCGAAAUCGCUUGAAAGCCGCUCCCCAAUUUAUACAGAAUUUAGAUGUUGAAGCCAAAUUGGAAGGUCACAAUGGAUGUGUAAAUUGCUUGGAAUGGUCUAGCAAUGGCCGAUUGCUUGCAUCGGGCAGCGAUGAUAAUCGCUUGAUUCUGUGGAAUCCAUUUUACCAUAAGCCGGCACUUGACAUUAUGACACCACAUCAAGGGAACAUUUUUUCAGUGAAAUUUUUACCCAACACUGGUGAUACAUUGAUUGUAACGGCUGCCGCUGACCAAUAUUGCUAUGUGUUUGAUUUGAACCGUGCUGCGGAUUUAUCAUCACCGUGCUGGAAAUGCAGUUGUCACACAACGCGAGUCAAGCGAUUGGCAACCGUUCCAGAGAGUCCCUGCAUUUUCUGGUCAGCAGGCGAAGAUGGGAAAAUUCUACAAUUCGAUAUCCGAGAGCCACAUGAAUGUACUCGCGAAGAAAAGGUGUGCUUGGUUGACUUAAAAAACCAUAUUGGUGCGAGUGCAGAAGCAAAAUGUGUGGCUGUAAAUCCUAGACGGCCAGAACAGUUGGCGGUCGGUGCAAGUGAUGCGUAUGCUCGAGUUUAUGAUCGUCGUAUGAUCAAAUUGUUUCGGAUUGGCGAUGUAUCGCUCAGUCAAAAUGAUCGUCAAAUUGAAGACAACUUAUCCAGAGACUGUGUCACUUACUUCUGCCCAGGCCAUUUGAAUAAAUUCAAAGACCGCAAAUCGGGCUUCACCACAAAGACUAUUACGUAUCUUACCUUUAGUCCAGACGGACUCGAACUGCUCGUAAACAUGGGCUCAGAACAGAUUUACCUCUAUGACUUGAACAAUGCACAACAACCAGUUUAUCUGAGUAUGCCACAAUUCAACAAAACUACUGACCAGCCAGAUGAAAAUAAAAAUCCAGAUUCCGCAUCUGAGUUGCCUUCCACUAGCACAACUCCCGUUACUUACACAAAACUAUCAAAGCUCCCCAAGCAUGUUGACGAGAUGAAGCGUUCGGGCAAUGAAUUCAUGGAGAACGAGAAAUAUUUGCAAGCAAUCAAUCAAUACAGUGAAUGCAUCAAAUUGUUACCAAAUCAUCCGGUAUUUUAUUUGAACCGUGCAACGGCCUACAUGCGCCGUAAUUGGUUCGGUGAUAUGUAUUCGGGACUGCGUGAUUGUCAACAGGCACUUCGAUUGGAUCCGACUUAUGUUAAAGCGCAUUUCCGUUUGGCUCGUGCCCUCUUCGAAUUGGGAUUCGUUAUGGAAGCCAGCGAAUGUUUGGACGAACUGAAAAAACGAUUUCCAAAUGAUGCAACCAACAAACAAAUUCAACUCUUGUCUCAGGAUAUUCAAAGUCACAUCGAGCAACAUCGUAAUUCGAAUCAAAAUAGUGCUGAAAGUCCAAACACAGAGCUAUCCAAUAACGAAAUGUACUGGAGGACGAUUGCAAAAGACUUUAGUGAGCGAUUUGUGGGCCAUUGUAAUACAACCACUGACAUAAAAGAGGCAAAUUACUUUGGGGGCGAUGGAAGCUUUGUGGUAGCUGGGUCUGACGAAGGUAAUUUCUACAUAUGGGAAAGGCCGACCACUAAAAUUGUGGCCGUUUAUAAAGGUGAUACAACAAUUGUGAAUUGUGUGCAGCCACAUCCGUACUUGUGUUUGCUUGCGACCAGUGGAAUUGACCACGAGAUUCGGCUAUGGAGCCCAAAGUCUGACGAAUUCGAUUCCGAAAAUCGCGUUUCCUAUUACGAUACCACGGUGGUGGUGAAUCAACAAAGAAUGAUGGCCGAUCCAUUCGAAUUUAAUGCAUCAGGGGCAGUUUGUCGUGCAAGCUAAAUUACACGUUUCGAUCAAACCGGUCGCCUGAAUGACCCAUUGCAUACAUUGUAUCGAAUGAAUAUAUGAUUACCUUUGAGUAACGCAAUUAUAUGAACUGAAAGUUUUCGUUUUUUUUCUAUAUCAUUUUGUUAUUUUUGAUUUUUAAAUGAAGCACAUACAUAAGAAUAAUAAAUAUAUUUAUAUUUCACAUCUACGGAAAA